UAAUCACAAUACUUCAAAUGCUUUCGGAUGAUUUUAUUCAAUGCAAGGCAAGGCCUUAAAUAGGAAAAAUACAUAACGGAAAUAAAUGAAAAAUAACAAACUAGAACUGGAAACAAGGAACUUGCAUGAGAUCAGGAACGACAGUUGACCCAUGCAGAUUAUUAUUAUCAUCCGAAUGUAACAACCUCCAAUAGAAACUUCUAGAUUGAAUUAUCUCCAAUACCCCCCUUUAAUUCAAUCUUUCUAACUCCCAGAGCCUCCCUUAAAUAGCAAAACUGUUCAGUCCCAAGGGGCUUUGUUAACAAAUCAGCAACCUGUUCUUCAGUUCUACAAGCCUUCAACACAAUUUGAUUGGAAUCAACCAGACUCUUGAUGUAGUGAAACUUGAUGUCUAUAUGUUUGCUCCGGCUAUGCAUUGCUGGAUUUUUUGAUAAAAAUAUAGCUGAAACAUUAUCACAGAAAAUUUCAGUUGCCUUCUCUUGUUUGUAACCAAGCUCACUUAACAAGUGCCUCAUCCAAACGGCUUGACAAGCUGCACCAUUGGCUGAGAUGUACUCAGCUUCAGUCGAUGAAAGAGCAACCACGGAUUGUUUCUUCGAACUCCAAGCCACUGCACUACUUCCCACAAAAUACACAUAUGCUGAAAUGCUUUUGCGAUCCUCAGUCGAACGUGCCCAGUCACUGUCAGAGAAACCUAUCAGCUUAACUUCAGCUCCUUUGUCAUACCACAAACCAUAAUCAAUCGUUGCUGCAACAUAUCUUAGUAUCCUUCUUGCUGCUCCAAAGUGUAUUGAAGUAGGAGCCUGCAUGUACCUAGCAAUGAACCCUACAGCAAAGGCCAGUUCAGGCCUUGAAUGUGUUAAGUACAACAGACCUCCAACCAAACUUCUAAACCUUCCUUCAUCAACUCUUCCAGAACAAUCACCUUGCAAUUUUUCCCCUUUGUUCAUUGGUGUUACCACACCUUUGCAGCCCCACAUACCAAACCUUUUAAGAAGAUCAGUUGCAUACUUCUUUUGAGAGACAGAAACACCACUUUCAGUUUGAUUAAUUUCUAAUCCAAGAAAAUAUCUUAGUUUUCCUAGAUCAGUCAUAUCAAACUCCUUGAUCAUCUUUGCUUUGAACUCUUCUGCUAACAAUUGCGAUGAGCUAGUAUAAAUUAUAUCAUCAACGUAGAUGCAUAUAAUAAUUAUACCAUCCUCAUCAGUCUUCUUGACAUACACAGUAGGUUCACUAGUGAUUCUCAAAUAAGAGUUAAGAUGUAAAUACGAAUUAAUCCGAUCAUACCAAGCCUUAGGUGACUGUUUAAGACCAUAGAGGGCCUUAUGAAGCCGAUACACCUUCUCUUCCUGUCCUUUCACUUCAAAACCAGGUGGCUGAGUGACAUACACUUCCUCUUGAAGAGAUCCAUUUAAAAACGCAGACUUCACAUCAAGCUGGUGGAUACUCCAACCUUGUUGAGCAGCUAGAGACAAGAUGACCCGUAUUGUUUCAAAUCUUGCCACUGGGCAAAAGUUUCUUCAUAAUUGAUCCCAUAUUCCUGGGCAAACCCCUUUGCAACUAUUCUAGCUUUAUACUUCUGAACCGUACCAUCUGCAUUCAGCUUGACCUUAAAGAUCCACUUCAAACCAAUAACUUGUUUGUCUUCUGGUAGAUCAACCAAGGUCCAUGUCUUGUGUUUCUCUAAAGCCUGCAACUCAACCUUCAUAGCUUCUUUCCAAGACUUUGACAACAUAGCUUCUUCAUGCGAUGUGGGUUCCAUAGAUGAAAGAGCUAACCCACAUUCAUAUAAUUGUUGAACUUGUUCUGGCUCAAAUGGAACUGUGUCAUCAUAUAUUUGGCUUAAUGGUCUGACCCUUGUAUCUGCAAUACUGCUGCUUCCAGUGACUUCACUGCUGCUACUUCCAUUCUGAUUUGUACUUUGGUCAGCAUUACUUGUCACAUUCUGAGUGUUGAUUCCAUUGCCUGUUUCUUCAUUAUUCAGCUCACCAGAAACUUCGCUUUCAUUUGGUUCCCAAAUGUUAACAAACUCUGAUGGUAUCCCAUACUUAUCAUCUUGUUUGUCAUUCCAUUUAGUAUGUUCAUCAAAAACAACAUUCCUGCUUGUGAUAACACACCUUUUAACUGGAUCAUAUAAACGAUAGGCUUUGGAACUCUGAGAAUAACCAACAAAGAUACACUUUCGUGCCUUAUCAUCUAACUUCUUUCUUUGUUGUUUUGGAACCAAGCAGUAAGCCACACAACCAAAUACCUUUAAGUGGUGAACUGAGGGAAUACGGUUAUACCAUACUUGGAAUGGUGUGGCUUCAUCAAGGGCCUUGGUAGGAGACAUAUUCCGGAGAUACACCGCAGUGGCCACUGCUUCUCCCCAGAAUAUGUUACUCAGAUUUUUCUCAUGCAACAUGCUCAAAGCCAUUUCAACAACAGUUCGGUUCUUUCUUUCUGAAACGCCAUUAUGUUCAGGAGUGUAAGGAGGUGUUAAUUCCCUCCUUAUACCUUCCUUCUCACAAAAAGCCAUGAAUUCUUUUGAACAAAACUCUCCUCCUCUAUCUGUUCUAAAUGCCUUGAUUUUCUUACUCAUUUCUGUUUCAACUUUGGCUUUAAAUAUUUUAAAUUUUUCAAACACCUCAAACUUGUUUUGUAGAAAAUAAACCCAGGUCAUUCUACUUGCAUCAUCAGUGAAAAGAAGAAAAUACCUGUUGCCUCCCAAAGAUUUUGUAGACAUAGGUCCACAGACAUCCGCAUGAAUAAGAUCCAACACUUCCAUUGUCCUGAAUGAUUCAGCAGGAAACGAGGCCCUGCUUAACUUGCCAUGAACACAACUUUCACAAACAUUCCAGUGCUUCAAUUUAGGUAGUCCAUAAACUAGUUGAUUUAAACACAAACUUUGUAAGCUCCUUUCAUUCAGAUGCCCAAACCUCAAAUGCCACAAGUAUGAAUCAUCAACAAUGGUAGCAAAUGCCACAUGAUUUGAGUUUGACACAUCAAGUGGAAAUGUGUUGUUAUUUGCCACAGGAAUCGUACACACUGUUUCACCAGUGCUCUUCUUCAAUACGGUGCAUGCUCCAUCAUCAAACACCAAUCUGUGUCCUCCCUUCAUCAACUGUCCAACACUUAAAAGGUUAUACCCCAAGUCUGGAGCAUAUUGGACAUCGGUCAGAGUCUUGUAUUUUCCACCUGCAACUUCAAGGCUAACAGACCCUUUUCCUUCUACAUUGAUUCUCUUCCCAUUACCCAUUCGAACAGCAACAGUGUUUGUUCUAUCAAUAUUCUUAAAUAAAGAUUUUUGCCCAGUCAUGUGGUUUGAACAACCACUAUCAAGAAACCAAAUAUUAGGAGGACUAGCAUCACCUUUAGUUAUCAUCAAGGCUUGGUUUUCUUCAUUCUCCUGUAUGACCAUGAACAAUUGACCUUCUUCUUCAUCAUUUUCAUCACCAACAGCUGGUGAUGCUUGGGGUUCAUUCCAACAGUCCCUGCUGAGAUGACCAUAUUUGUUGCAAUUGUAACAUUGGACAUUAGCUUUACCUCUACCAUUACCUCUGCCUCUUCCUCCACGUCCACGUCCUCUUGAGUAUCCUCUUCCUCUUCCUCGUGUGAAUAGACUUGUCUCUUCUUCCUUAGCUUGAAGAGCUUGUUCUUCUGCAACAUUCUCACAACUUCUAUUCACUCUAGCUUCAUGGGACUGCAGGGAUCCCAUCAAUUGAUCAAAGGUCAUUACACUAAGAUCCUUUGAUUCUUCAAUAGCAGCAACAAUGUGAUCCCAUUUAAUAGGUAAGCUUCUCAAUACUUUCUCCACCACCUUCUGAUCUGUCACUGUUUCACCAUACGCUCUUUGUUGAUUGACAAUCUUCAUGACCUUUGACAGGAAGUCACCCACAUGCUCUCCAUCUUUCAUAUGAAUUGUUUCAAAUUCCCUUCGCAGACCUUGCAAUUUCACCAUUUGAACCUUUGUAUCGCCCUCAUACUCAUUUUGCAACAAGGUCCAGGCCUGCUUAGAUGUGGUAGCACCAGCUAUUCUAGAGAAUAGCUCAUCAUGUACACCAGACUGGAUCAGAGAGAGUGCACGUGCAUCUUUUCUCUUAUGAUCUCUCAAUCUGGUACGGUCAGCAUCAGCAUCAUUGUAACCAUUUUCCACAAAAUCCCAGAGAUCUUGUGACAUAAUGAUAGUCUUCAUUCUAAUCUUCCAGAAUUCGUAUCCUUCUCCCUUAAAGAUUGGAAGAGGAGGAUUAGGUGCACCAGUAUUUUGAUUAUUAGCCAUGAGAACAACAAAGAUCGACAGAAGAGGGAGUGAGAGAUUAAGAAUUGAGAAUGAUUAUAACCUGGAUUUGCUCUGAUACCACUGUUAGAGCAAACACAAGCAUAUAAUCACAAUACUUCAAAUGCUUUCGGAUGAUUUUAUUCAAUGCAAGGCAAGGCCUUAAAUAGGAAAAAUACAUAACGGAAAUAAAUGAAAAAUAACAAACUAGAACUGGAAACAAGGAACUUGCAUGAGAUCAGGAACGACAGUUGACCCAUGCAGAUUAUUAUUAUCAUCCGAAUGUAACAACCUCCAAUAGAAACUUCUAGAUUGAAUUAUCUCCAAUAGCUCCAGAAUAUCAGAACACUCGUACAUUAAGAAUAAAAUCUGAUGUUUAUAGUUUUGGAGUUGUCUUGUUCGAAAUUUUGUGUGGCCGGAAGGCCAACGACCCAAUAUACCUUAAGGAGAGUGACCACGGGCUGGCCGUUGUGGCAAGACGAUGCUUCAGCAGGGGAACACUAUAUGACAUGAUGGAUCCUAUACUAAAAGAAGAAACACAUGAAAACAAUUGUGUAUUAUAUAGAGGACCCAAUGAGUAUUCUAUAAAAACAUUUAUUAAAAUUGCAAAUCGGUGUUUGGCUAAAACUCUAUUGGAACGUCCAACGACGAAAGACGUUGUCAAGCAACUUAAGAAAGCAUUAAGUUUUCAAGAGGACGGAGUACAACGCCCAGAUAUUGAUCAAGCUGCCAACGAAAAUAUUCCAGAGGAGCAAGUAGAACACUCAUCUCUGCAGCACAUUAUAGAUCAAUUUAAGGACAUAUGCCAAGAUCUGCCAAAGCCCGAAAUUUCGUGGGAGAAGCUGGAACACUUAAAGAUUGGUCUCAAUGAUGUUAAAUUAGCAACCCAUGAUUUUGCAAUGGAAUGCAUGAUUUCAUCUAGCGGUCAUUAUACUUUGUACAGAGCUGCCCUCAGCCAUUUUGAUGAAGAAAAUCCCAACAUUGGAGCUAUAAAACGCAUCUCUUCUGGACAGGACAUAUAUGGAAAAGAAGAGUUUCACAGAGAAAUUGAAAUGCUUACCACUAUUAAGCAUCAUGCCAUAGCCACUCUACUUGGAUAUUUUGCUGAAGGUUCUGAGAUGGUUCUUCUCAUUAACAAUGUUGAUAAUGGACUGCUUAGUUCUUAUCUAGGAAACGAAAAUGCACAUUGUUCUUUGACGUGGGAAAAACGCUUGAAAAUCUGCAUUGAUGUUGCACACGCAUUGAAUUACCUACAUUCUGAGAUAGAAGACCAAAAGAGGAUAAUAAACCGUUAUAUAAGUAGCAGUAGCAUUGGGUUGGACGAGAACUGGGGGGCAAAAAUUAUUGAGUUUGGGUUCUCCAUAUUCCUGCCUCCAAAUCAUGAUGACAAAGGUCUCUAUCACGGAAAGCCUUGUGGAGCAGAGUACUUCGCUGAUCCAGAAUAUCUUAGGACCGGUUAUUUAACAAGAAAAUCAGAUGUUUAUAGUUUUGGAGUAGUUUUGUUAGAAAUGUUAUGUGGGAGGCCAGCCCAUGACAUAAUUUACUUUAUGGAUGGUCACAAAGGGCUGGCCUAUGUGGCUAGACAAUGCUUCAGGAUGGGAACACUGGAAAACAUGAUAGAUCCUACAAUAAAGGAAGAAACCAGUGAAAACAAUUUUGUUCUAAAUAAAGGACCCAACAAAGAUUCUUUGCACACAUUUAUGGAAAUUGCAUAUUACUGCGUGGAUGAAGUUGAACACUACCGUCCAACGAUGAAAGAAGUUGUUGAGGAGCUUGAGAAAGCUUUACUUCUUCAAAAAAACAACAAGGACAACCCCAGAAUUUCACUUGAAGACAUAAGACUCGCCACACAAAACUUCCAUGUAGACAAUUACAUUGGCAGGGGAGGAUUUGGGAAAGUAUAUAAAGGAAACUGUCAAUACGGUGAUAGGGUUGAACCCGUUGUUGCAAAGCAAUUGGAUAAGCAGUCUGAUCAAGGGGAACAACAAUUCUUGAGUGAGCUCCAAAUUCUUAUGGAGUAUAAGCACGAGAAUGUCAUUGGCCUUGUAGGCUAUUGUGAUGAACAGGGUGAAAAGGUCAUUGUUUAUGAGUAUGCAUCAAGAAGAAGUCUUGACAGGUAUUUGAACGCUCCUUAUCUUACAUGGAUGCAACGACUUAACAUAUGCAUCGAGGUUGCAAGCGCGCUGGAUUUUCUUCAUAGAGGAGUUGGAAAACAAUCAAAGGUGGUACAUAGGGACAUCAAAACCGAAAACAUUCUACUAAAUCAUGAUUGGAAAGCAAAACUUGGUGAUUUUGGGCUUUCCUUAAUAAGUCCAAAAUCAGAUUAUAUCAUAGAUUCGGUGUGUGGCACACUGGGAUACUUGGACCCAGUUUACAAAAAAUUACAAUUUCUAAGCAUAGAGUCUGAUAUUUAUUCAUUUGGUGUGGUUUUAUUUGAGAUUUUGUGUGGAAGAUCAACGUUCGUAAUCCACAAACAUGAGGGUCACUAUCUACCGGAUUUCAUUAAAAACAAAUUUGAAGAAAGAAAGCAUGAUGAGGUGGUGUUUGAGCCAAUAAAGAAACAGAUAGAGCCAAGAUCAUUGAAUACAUUUCAAAAGAUUGCCUACCAAUGCUUACGUCAUGAAAGAGCACAACGACCGACAGCAAAAGAAGUUUUAAUACAACUUAAGAAAGCAUUGGAAUUUCAGAAUAUGGCAUCAAUAAUCACCAUGUUGGCUCACUUACAAAUCCCACUUGAACACUUGAUAGAGGCGACCAACAACUUUCAUGAUGAUAACAUCAUCAGACACAGCCGAUUUGGACCAUCAUACAAAGGACAACUCAUGCGGUCUGGGAAAUUGAUCAAUAUUGUUGCCCGGAGGUUAGACUGCAAACAUGGCCUAGGAGACUUUGAGUUUUUGACUGAAGUUUCAUUGCUUUCUGAUCUCAAGCAUACAAAUCUAGUCACUAUUGUUGGAUUCUGCGAAGAGAAAGAGGAGAAGAUCAUCGUAACCACAUAUGAAGCCAAUGGAAGUCUCUCGAAUCAUCUAAGCAACCCGAACCUCACAUGGAAGCAAAGAUUGAGGAUAUGCCUAGGUGUGGCUCGUGCGUUAAGUUACCUCCAUUAUGAUGAGGGACGUGGUUAUGGCGUUAUAAAUCGUAUCAUCAGUAGCGACACAAUUUUAUUAGAUGAGAAUUGGGAAGCCAAAUUAUCCUGUUUUGAAUAUUCCAUCAAACAAUUCCACAAGGACCAGGUCUGCAUUUGUGAACCUAUAGGCGUAACAGGGUAUAUGGAGUCGGCAAUUGAAAAGACAGGAGGUUUGACCCACAGGUCGGACAUCUACUCUUUCGGAGUGGUUUUAUCCGAAAUAUUCUCCGGGAGGAAAGCAUAUAUUGAGAACGAGGCUAAUAGAUUUCUAGCUCCGUGGGCCAAAUAUCAUUUUGAAAUGUAUAAUACGGAGGAUAUAAUCCUUCCUGGUCUGCAGGAUCAAAUGUCGCACUCAUCACUUAUGAGAUACUCAAGAGUAGUAUGUCAUUGCUUAAACGAGGAAACAACAUUCCACCCAGAUAUUGACUAUGUCAUCGCAACACUUGAGGGAGCAUUGGAAAUUUCGUAAAAAUCUUGUAAGACAUUUUAUUUGGUUUUAUCUUUUCUGGCAUAGCAGUUUUACUUUAUGUCAUUCCUUUAUAACCAUUUGUUACGGUUGUUGUUAAAAGUAGGUAAAAAGGUGGAUCACACACUUUUUUGUUUGUUAUUAUUUUUAGUGUAUCAUAAGGGGACCGUGCCACCGUGGUGGUAAAUUUGUGCUUGUGUA